CAUACCGCCGGCAAGAGGCUGUGGCUCGCGCAGCGACCGUUACGGACCGGAGCGGGUUUUUUUCUCUGGCCGGUCGAGUAGAUUCGGCUUUGGACGACGUUUUAAAGCUUUACACGACGCCAGACGUCGAAAAACUCACCGGGGAUGUUGUGAAAGUUAUAUUUACGAGAUAAGCUCCGUUUCUACGAGUAGACUAAUUAUUUUUAUCGUACAAACGGCUCCCUCCCACUCGGUCCGAAGCCGGCGCGCCGCUCCGUGUUUUCCUUCGCGCUCGGUAGCCUGAAGGGGAACGGCGAGGAAAACAAACAGGGUCAAAAAAGAGAGAUAACGGCUGCCGGUGGUCGAGGUAAUCGAGUCAAACGCGUCGUGGCGGGUUUGUUAACCUAGCUAAACUACAGUAUGUCGUUCCCCGCUUUGGCCAAACGAAACGGCGACACGAAAGGAGGAGCGGUCCGGCGGCGAACUAGCUUAGCUAACCUAACGCUAGCCAACCCAACUAACUAACGUUAACGUCAACAUGUUUCCAUCGACCUGCGCUUGCUCCGCGCUCAGCCCGCCGCCGCUGCGGCUUCUGUCGUCCUGACUUCGAAAUUUUACGGUUGUCUGUCUUUUUGUCUGAGUUUCUUUCUUUCAUUCAUUCGCUCACACUCACAUUUAUUCGCCUAAUUUAUUUACCGGCGCAUUCAUGCACCCGUCCCCGCGCCCGUAAGCCAUGCACGCCAGGCGCCUCGUCAAGCGCUCCGUCGUAGGCAGCCGCGUGUACGCGCCGGCUCCUGCUGGUCACGCGGCGCCGCUCGCCGGGGUUGUGCAGGCCGUCAAGCAAGAGAGCAGGGACGCCUCGAGCGGCCACCGGUGCAGCGUGUACACCGUGCUGAUGCAGGACGGCACCGUGAAAGAGUUCUCGGAGGAGGAGAUCGCGCUCGGAUCCGCUCAGAUGGCCGCGAAGGGACCACUGAAGUCGAGCCUGAAGCAGAGCUCCUGUAACGGCAGUCAGCGGGAUGGACCAGCACAGGGCCAGCAGAAUGCUGGUAUGCAGAAGGGCGAGGUCACAUCGCUUAGCCCAGAGGGUGCAGAGGAUUCUCGGAUGGUGGAGCAUAAACGGACAGGCCGGGUACUGGAUCAGGAGAAGGACCAUACCCGCUCCGUUUCCCUUUUGGAACAGAAACGCAAAGUGGUCUCCUCCAGCAUUGAUGUGCCCCAUGCCAGGAAAUCAGAGGAGGAGGUGGACAUGGACAAAGUGACUGCUGCCAUGGUGCUGACGAGUCUGUCCACCAGUCCUCUGGUGCGGAGUCCUCCAGUCAAAGUUAGCGAGGGUCUGAAUGGGUCAUGGAAGGAUGGUGGCUUUACCCCAUCCAGUUACAGUAGCAGUGGAUACUGGAGUUGGAGCGCUCCAAGUGAUCAGUCCAACCCUUCCACACCGUCCCCCCCGUUGUCAGCCGACAGUUUCAAACCCUUCCGCAUGCCCAGUCUGAACGGGCCUCCAGAUGAUGCUCUAGAUGAGCAGGACGGGAGCAGCCUGCUGUUUGAUGAGCCCAUUCCCCGCAAGCGCAAGAACUCCAUGAAGGUGAUGUUCAAGUGUCUGUGGAAGAACUGCGGCAAGGUGCUGAGCACGGCAGCGGGGAUCCAGAGGCACAUUCGAACUGUGCAUCUGGGUCGCAACUGUGACUCUGAGUGCAGCGACGGUGAGGAAGAUUUCUACUACACUGAGAUUAAGCUGAACACAGACUCAGUGGCUGACGGCCUGAGCAGUCUGUCCCCAGUUUCUCCAUCUGUGCAGUCCCCUUCACCAGCCACAGACCAGAAACGGGCCGACACAUCCAACACCACCAAUGGGGUCAAAAGUGAAAACAGUUCCACUCCCCUCAGUCGCUCAGCCCCUAGCGCACUUUACCUAGUGCACGCUGACCACGCCUAUCAGGCCACAGCUCCAGUCACCAUUCCCGCCACAACCUCUACAGGCUUCACCCCAUGCAGCAACAGCUUCAGCAUCUCCUGGCAGUCACCACCUGUCACCUUCACUGGCACUCCAGCCUCUCCUACUCACAGUCGGACACAAGGAUUCAGUGAGCAGCGCUCUCACACCAUAGCAGUGCUCUCAUCUCCUCCACGAGCCACAGGCUCACUCAGCAGGAAGUCUCGAGGUGAGGGUAAAAAGUGCCGUAAGGUGUACGGGAUGGAGAACAGAGACAUGUGGUGCACUGCCUGCCGCUGGAAGAAAGCCUGCCAGAGGUUCGUGGACUGAGUCAAAUGUGGCCGCCAUGGAAAUGGGGCAGGGCUUCUUUUGCAUGCAUAACCUCGCUCCUCCUUUCUGCCCUGCCUCCUAUCCACAAUUCUUAACGUCCUGGUCUGGACCCAGGAGCUGGACUCUUCAAACAUUCCUUCCCAAACCAACGCAUUACCUUCCGCCAACACACGGAGAGAGGCGAGUAGCUCUACAGUGCAAAAAAAGAGAAACCGUGUGAUCCAUUUGUCUUUUUGUUUGUUUUUGAAACUCUGGUGGUAAAACAUUCUGAGGCACCCAUGAUGGGACUUGUUACAGCUUUUUUUUAUUAUUAUUUUUUUUUGACAGCUACGCGAUAGAGUGGGGGAAAGGUUCUUGUUUUCCAUGAACACUUUUCCAGUUCUGCAUUUCAGCAGGGUUGAAGACUGGCCAGCCAGACACCCCAAACUCCCCACUCUCCUCCAAGAGAAUGUGCUGCUGUGAGGGCUUGUGUUGUAAAAGGGAGGGGGAGAAGGAGCUCCCCCUAGUGGAAAUGGAUCAAUGCAAAAAAAAAAAAGUUUAGGGGAACUAAGUGGACAUAAAACUCAGCUACCCCUUUUCUUCCGUAUCGUCACAAGCAAUUACACCCAUGAGGGAGAAACAGUUUUCUAUCUCAGUUUUAUAUGUGUCAUUUCUUUCAGGGAUGCGAUCAGUGAAGGCAAAACCAGCAGCUACAUAUAACAGCAGUGAAGGUAAUGGAUUUGUCACAGGAAUAAUCUACCUGCAACCAAAAAGGAUUUUUUUUUUUAUGUGCCAUUUUCGUGAUUUUGCUUUUUUUUGUUUCUAUACUCAGUGAUAAAUGAUAUAAUAAAGAGACUUUCAUACUAAUUAAAACUCAACACAGAAGACUGUCAUCCAAGCUAUUGGUCAUACUGGGGGCCACCCACACAAAUGGUCUUGUCUUCUUGUCUCCAACUUGGCCAUGAACUUUACUCAUCAUACAUUAAUGAGGAGUCCAGCACACCAUAUCUGCCAGAGGAUCAUGCAGACUCCUGAGCCAAGUGUACAGGUGUGCCUGGGAAAGCUUGGAGAUUCAGCCCAGUUACCUCCUAUAGUAAAAGAACUCCAUCUCCUCUCACCUUUUUCUUGACCUCGUACAUUUAAGUAGGAAGUAAUAAAAGUUACAGCACUUACCACGUCCGCCCCAGACCAGCAGAGGGGAGGCAAGUGGAAAGCUGGAAACACUCAAAUGUGUUUUGUUGUUCGUCUGUGAUCGAGUAUUGUGGAACGUCACUGCACGCUGCACUCACAACAGUCACAUGAGGAGGACACACACAUUGCAUGGGGCUUUUCUACAUGCUGUUCCAGAUGGUGAGGACUGAAUGAAGAGUGGCUUCCUUUAGUCCUGUAUCCUCCUCAGACACAUCACCUGUAUGAUGACAGCACAAGUGUCUCAAUGAAUUUUACACAGGAAGAAAAUGGCUGCUCAACAGGCAGUUGUAAGUUCUCUGGCACUGUUUCUGUUGCUUUGAUGCAGUUUGAUAUUAAUAAACCAUCCAAGACACAGCACCAACCCAACACCAGCUUAGAAACUGACUCUACCCUCCCAGCCACACCACACCUCUCAGUCCCCAUAAAAGCCCAUGCAUUACAUUUUUUUAUUCCUAAAAUGUUUUAUUUUCAUGUAUAUGUUGCUACAAGGAUGAUUGUUUGUAGUUUUGAUCCAAGCUAAACACAGAAAUUUUACCUGUCAAUGGGAACAAAGAUGCUUCUGUACAGAGGUAAAUAGAUUCAGAUCUAAAAGAGUGAUUCUUCUUAAAAGAACUGUUUUUUCAUAUGAAUCAUGCAUUCAUACUUCAAAGAUGAUUCUACAAAAUACUUUAAUAUUUUAAGAAAAAGAAAACUGCCAUUUUAUUAUGUGAAUUUCAUUGUUCUUUAAAAGAAGUAUAUACAUGCAUAUCUAUCUAUCUAUAUAUAUAUAAGCUACAGAAGUCAUGUUUAUAUUUUAGCUAUAUGUGAAGACAUUCAUUUGGCAUUUUUUGCUUCUUUUAUGAAAACUGCUUUUUCUUUCUUUUUUUCAUGUUUUCCAGACAAAAUUCCAUUAAUAUUGUAACAGCAAGUCCUUCUGGCCUUGUUGCGUCAACCUGAAUGAAUAUGUUGUGCAAGCACUGCUAUACUCAAGUCACACAGCAUCAAGGUCUCUCUAAGCACAGAGGGCCAAAAUCAGUGUCAUUAGCCCUCCUUAGAUUUAGGAUAUUGUAGACUAGGAGGUUACCAUGUUCAAAUGGUCAGCUUUAUGAAGCAAAACCACAUAUGUGGACAGAGAUCCUUUGACUAAUGUGUGAAUUAUGUGAAAGCAGCUGGUACUUGUUUCUACCCCUUAAUGUUUCGCUGGUGCUACCUUAGACCAAAGGGCCUGAGGCAUCUCGUAGGUGUUAAUGUAAGGGGCAGGUUGGCAUGCUUUAUUGUUUACACAUAAAACUUGAAAUUGUUUCCGUCGUGAUACCUUAUUUGACUGAGGUAAUAAGGUUAAAGCCUUAGGGUGCUUUCUGAUUUUGCAUCAUUUUGGAAAAUAUUAUGUUGCAUAUAGAAAUGCUAACCCCUGGAGGUUAUAGCACUUACCCUGGAUUAGCUUUGGGAUUUUGUAACUAAAAUAUUGCAAGAUAAGUAUUAAAUGAUCUCAUGUUUUGUCACACUCCCCUUACUGACAUUAUGGUGUUUUUGUAUGUUUUGACUGCCAUUUUAUCAGCUACCCACAGGCUAGUUCCUGCUGUUCAUCGGGGUGCUAAUGUUUGUUAUGUUACUCUGAAGAACCUAGAAAUAAAAAAUACACGGUUAUGGUCCACUAAAGUCAAAAAUCCUUAAGUCACAACAUUGUUCUUCCCUCUUUUUCCCCAUGAUUGCUUUCUUUUUGUUAUUAGGUGAGCCUGUGUUUACCCCUUAUUUCCUUUCUAAUAAAUAUCCUAUCUAUCACAUGUAUCUACAAUAUAUAUUGCUAUAUAGCUACAUAUUAAAUAGCCAUAUUUACGACUAGUCUGGUCCACCCAAACAGCUACGUUGGUCCAUGUGACUGUUGUGCAGUAUGCUUGUUUGUCCCAAUAGCAGAUAUUGCCAAAUGUGAUGAAUCCUUCAGCUUUUAGUCUAACUUACCUUCCAACUCACUUCUGUGGUAAAACAAUACAGUGUUAUCUACGGUAUAACCAUAAUCCUAUUUGCUAUUCAGAAUACAACUGGCUUAUUCUAAGUGUAAGUGACGUCUACACUGAUAAGUAUGUGAAAAUACAGUACAAACUCUGUAUAAUAUCUUUCUUGCCUACCCAUUUUAGAGAGGUCUUGUCACCUUUGUUUCCUUUCAGAAAUGCAGGCUUGCUCUUUGUGUUAGGUGUGAAUGUGAGAAUCAUGUCUUUGCAUACAUUCUCUACUGCUGUAACUGGAGGAUGUGGUGGAUAGGGCAGGUGUCUGGGUUUCAUCUACAUAUUUACGGCAUGUUUUUUAUCUGUAUGGUACCUACUCUACUAUAUUACUCAGAUCUAUUCUUCUAGGUUUACUGGGUACUACAGUACUUGCUCAACUGCAGUUCCAAGUAAGCUGAGAAUAGAAUAAAAAGGGGAAAUGUAAACCAUUUGUUGUGCUGACUGGCCACAGAAAAAAGGCUUGAAGGCUAACAAUGUCAAAAUGGUAAAGACAAUGUUUUGUGAUGUCACCAGCUACAUUUAAUGUAGGAUUGUGGGGGCUGUGGCAGCAGAAAACAAUCUAAUUACCAAAAAGAUACCAAAAAGCGAGUAGAGGUCGCGUAGGUACCCCUCAGUGGAAAAGUGCCAUUAGUAUCCUGUAGCCCUUACUGAGUUAGCCUGGUGAAAGCCUUGCUGUGAGAAGACAGCGACUCUUCCUUUGGCAGCCUGUGCCCCUUUGCCCAGACUGAGACCCUUGUGCUACUCUAAACCACCACUCAGCAAUCGCCAGAUGGCAGAUGGGCCACUCAGUACUCCUCCCUUACAUAACUCGCCUGUGUGUGUGUGCUUUUUAAAAGUAGCAAAUUGCAAGCAUGAGACAAGCCCUAAACAGUGUUGUGGGAAAAGGGUCUGUGUGUCUUUAAGUCUUCAAAAAACUGCAAGUGUAUCAGAUUAAAAGGGCGAAGCCUUGAGAAUAUGUUUGAAAAAGAGACAUGCAUCAUGCUGAUGUACUGAAACAGCAACCGAAAAAAAUCCUCAGUGUUGCAGAGGGCUUUGAUUCACAGCUGUCAUGAACGUGUUAGUGCCUUUGAAAAGGCAGAAUACGACAUGUGAUGGAGUUCCAUGAUGAUGCAUUUUACCAACUAACUGGGCUCCAGGUCCCUUUGGAGCAUGACCAAGUCAUGUGCACCUGCCUGUGGUAGCUUAGUGAGAGCGGGGGGUGGGGGGGCUGGUUCGGGGUGUGUGGUUGCUUUGCGAGAAGGUGGUGGGGGCUGCUUCUUCACCUGUGUUUAAGAAUGUAGUGUUGGGGACACACUGGAGCCUGAACGUGCCUUGGUUAGGUUAGAUGUGUGGUGUGUAUUGUGUGUGUGUAUGUGAACAUACACAGAAAGCGAAGGAAUGUAUCUGGUGUCGGCUUGUCUGAGUUCUGUGUUUUUUACCGAUUAAAUAGGGUGGACGUAGAAGAGCGUUUUGCCCUUUUCUUUGGUUUUCUAGUGAAAGUGUUCUGGCAGUUUUAUUGCUAAGGGGUGUCUUUUCUCAGCUGUACUUUGUAACAGAGUUUCAAAUGCAGUACUGUAGUUUUUUGUCUUUGUUGUUUUUCUAUCUGCUUUCCAAGACAUAGGCAUGUUUAAGUCAACAUUUAAAACUAGAUUGAGUUGGUUUACAACAUCUACGUCUUGGAAACUUUUUCCUACAAGAUCAGUGAGAUCAUUCAUUAUAUUCUGAAACACAAGCCUUACAGACAAAAAUGUGCCAUGUGUAUGACAAUAUAGUAGAAAGUUUUUAGCAGAGCAAUUUUCUCUGCGAAUGGCAGGUCUUUACAAAUCUAGAGAUUUGUAAUUUGUUGAUCUUAGUAUCAGGUGUCUGAAAAAUAAGCAAAUACCCAUAUAAAAUGAAAACAGGUUGAUAGAUAUGUGGUCAAAGUUUAGACACAAUCUGUGGGAGGACACUUUCUAGGCCAUGUCACCAUCAUGGUAGCCAUUCUGAAUGCAGCCAUCUUGGAUUUUACUUCAGUUUUUUUUAUGGGAUGUUAACAGUACUUUAUUUGUUCAUGUUUAAACAGUGACUAAGUUAAACAAGAAAAUUGACCAUAAGGUCUACAGAAUGUUUAAGACAAGCUUGCAUCUAAUACUCACAAUCUACCAAACUGUUUUUUAUUUUAUCUGGAUUUUUCCGUACUUUUGCGACACAUUGUAUAUUAAUAUAUAGCAUACAAGUCUGGUCUAAACAAAAAAAAUUGGUCCGCCAGGAAUAUCUUGAUACCUGCCAAUAAUGUUGAUAUGGACCUGCAAUCCAGCUUUACUACGUGGUAUCUAAGGACUUAAGAUGCUUCUAUGAGCCAAAAGCAAACAGAGCAUGGCAACUGUAGGCUGGGUGGUCUAUAAUGGAUUAUGUCGCUGUUCUUGUUAAUCAAUGACCAUGUUAACCUCAAGAACUCAAAGACUGUCGCACUGGCUUUUUACACUUUUUAACAUAUACUCUGACUGUAUUUUUAAUACUGCAUGUGCAUGCUAAAGAAGAUAGGACUUUAUAUAAGUGUGUGUAUAUUGUGUUUACUGUGGUCUACAGAACAAGCAGAGGGCAGGCAGGCUGCAGUGCAAAGGAGGGGUUGGAAACAGCAGGUCCUCUAAUAAGGUGGCACUAGUAGCCAUAAGGUUGCCAUUGUCUGACUUUAACCAUUUAUUUCAGGUGGUUUCUAGGUCACCACUGAUACCAGAGUCCUGCAGUAUAUAAACACAAUAGGGGGUGCACGUUCCUUGGGGAGAGUGUCAGGCUCUUGUUGGAGUACUAAUAGAUGGGAAGAGGAAAUGUGCCACAUGCUACGAGUUCAUGACGAGAUCAAUCUGGGCAAAAAGCCAAAAUUCAGUGGCUUCUUUUUAAGGCCCGCUCUAUAUUUAGCAGCAUGGGCACGAUUCAUAAUCGAGCCAUUCUACAGCACAUGUCAGGAGGGAGGCAAUAAACAAGUGGGAUGUGGCUGCUGUAAAGCCUGCAGAUGCCCACGAUAAAAGAUGUGACUUCCGUCUGCAGAAGCAGAGGUGAUUACAGUGGCCACCUGGACAGGAAAUACAUCAGCGCUUAUCUUGGGUAUAGAUUAAAGCUGGGUUUUUUCCGUCUGUGAGAAUGCAUUAGUGGCAACUGCCUGCUCUUGCUCUGUAACCAGUCCCAACUGUGCUUUAAAAAACAUUUGACUCUUUUACUGCUUUACUUGUGUUCCAUUGUUUUCUGAUGUUGCUCUUUUUCAAUGUUCCUGACUUAAAGCCGCCGAGUGGGCACACAACGCCCACUGUGCACAUAGGCGUAUACUGUGUAUACAGCAAUGGGAGAUGUAAUAAGCAUGUCUUGUCAUCAUUACAUGCCACAGCUGUCAGAUGUAGUUGCUGCAAUAGAAUUCUAAAGCCAUAGAAGACAACUGUGUAGAGCGGCCCUUGCUGUGUACUUAAUUACUUACUAUAUCCCUGCUUCCCUGUUUACCUGUCAAGCAAUGCUAUAGAGUGUAUACAAAACUACAAAAAAUGUUUCAUCAUGUAAAGUGUUUAUUUUUGUUUUUAUUUUUAUAUCAUGAUUAUUAAUAAGCUUGUCAGUUAGAGAUGGCAUGAUGCCACCUCCCCUUUUCCAUUCCUAAACAAUAUUGAAAGCUUGAGUACCAAUAGCAAAUUUUAGUCUUUAAAGCUAAAGCUACUACCUUUAAUAUCAGCUAUUUUUAAAUGAAACUGCUCAAGCAUUCCACAACUCUACAGGAUGAAACACAACUAACACUAUCACAUUUCAAGAUUGGGUUACAUUCAUUAUUUCCCUCACUCUGAUAUCCGGUCCAACAUUUCCUUCAGAUAUCGGCCCGAUACUGAUACCCAUCAAUACAGAUGAGCCAUCUCUACUGUCAGUGCUCAGUCAGACAUAAACUGCUGAAAGCUGAUACCUGAACAUUAUUCUAUGGGUUAUCUAUAGAUCUUAACCUUAAAGGCUGUAUUCUGGAAAUGGUGGCUUCUCAAACACUGUCAACUCAGUUGAGGUUAAUAUUUGUUUGCAUUUACAGCCAAAAUUAUGGUAAUUUACUUUAUAAACUGACUUGAGUCUGUAAUAGGAUUGUUUUAUGGGGCUUCAGUUGGUUUUAAGCAGCAAAAAUGUAGUAUUGCUUUUUUCCUUUACUCUGCUCCUCAUUAAUAAUAACACAAACACAUUACAUGUUCACAUUAGCCUUUCCCAGCCUUGGUCAAGUUGUAGCCUUUUGUAUAACAUUUCAGUUUCUUUUCUUUUUCAUGGACUGUACAUCGUUUUAUAGUACGACUGUUGUUCUUCUCACUGGUGGCUUUAAAAUUAUUAAUUUAUUAUUUCUCUAUGCAUUACACACUGGUGAUCAUACCUACAUACAAUUACACUCAGACUUCCCCACCCCAGAGACUCUCAGACAUGCUUUUGUUCACUGCUGGUAAAUGAGAGCCACAUGGAAGCUGCUAAACAAACAGUAUUAAAAUGAAGAUAAAUAUUUUAUAUAAUAAAAGCCGUCGCUAGCCCAGACAUUGUAAUGUAUUAAGGUCAGCGUUGUACAGCAGAGCUUUGCAAGCUGUGAUGAUGGCCAGACUUAUUAUACAAAUUUAGUCUCAUACACUUUAUACUGUGAGAAACUGAAGUUCAGUUCAGAAAAAACUGUAUUAUAGCAAAAAAAAAACAUUUCUCUGCAUUUGUUAAUUAUUAAAAGGUAUUUUAAUAUUUAUAUUUUUAUUUGGUAAAUGUGUUUUUUGUAAAAUUUUAAUUGAAUUGGCAUCAAAUAAGCUUAUUAUUUGCCAUAAGAAAGACACUUUCACUGUAUUAAAUUACUUUAAAAAUAUGAGACUGAUAUAAGAUGGUUUCAUACAUACAUAAAUACGUACAAUAUAAACAAAAGUAUUGACACCCACUCAUUGUUUCUUUAAGAAUCAAGGGGAUUAAAGUUUAUCCUGCUUUUGCUUUCUAUUAGACCUUGAAGAAUUGCUGUGAGGAUUUGAUUGCAUUCAGUGACAAAAGCAUUAGUGAGAUGUUCACCACCCAGCCUAAUCUUAAAACUUCACAACUUAUCCCUAAAGUACUGGAUGGAGCACCACCACCAUUCCAGUGAACACACUCCCACUGCUCCACAGCUCAAUGCGUGAUGCCAGUAGGUGUUUAUGUUUAUCCACUUCAAUCUGAGUCUUAUUCUACUGGCUGUGCAAGCUGUGUGCGCAUUUGCACAUCUGUGACAGCAAUGGGUGCAGCUUAGAGUUGCUAAAAGCAUUUAUUAAAAAUGGUGUCCACACAUAUUUGGCAAUAUAGUGCGACUAUAUAUACAAUAUAUAAUAUUUAGCUGUAAGCAUAGUUUAUAGGCCACCAGCUAUAACCCCGAAACUGGUUCUCUUUUCAAUCAUCAUGCAGCAGCGUGACGGGCUUGUGUGUGUAGGCCUUUUAAACCAGUGGAUUAGGCUCCCGGAGGCAGCUGCAUUUGAUAUGUGGCUUAAACCGGGUAUUUAGAAUGCCUGGGCACGGUGAGCACUCAAGACGGGCUGCCUCGCCGGAGCCCGGUGCUAAUCACAGCCGUGCAUUCAUGCUGCCCUCACCUGGCUCUCUCAGUCCCUGAGGAAUCAAGAGCUUCCAUGUAGCUCCCUCAAGCAGCAAGAGCUCUAGAACAACAGGUCGCUUUCCCAGCCUCUUAAAUAGCAGAGUGCUGCUGGAAUUUCUCAGCGGCCAUCAGCGAGACUCCCUCGAGUCCUAUGAGAUGAUCAGAUCUGCUUGCAGUGAAAUUUCUUAGUCAUGGGCAUCUCACACACAAGCACACACAGUUCAAGACUACCAGACACCACACAUCUUCAGCAGAUCCACAUUCACAACAUGCUUUUUACUCCCAUGGGCGUAAUGGCAGCAAGAGCCUGUCUAGACCAUUUGUUCCAGUGAUGGAACUCUGUUGUGUCCAUUUUAUUCUCAUAAUGAGGCUAUUCAGCAGCAGACGAGCUGCGGGUCACCAGGGUUCAGGGCCUUUUCUUAAUUGAUGGUGAUAAUUGCUGCUCAAAAACACUUCAGCCACAGCCCACGAAAGCCUUCAAUGCAACUAAAACAAACAAAACAUGUUCCUAUUGUUCAACAGUGUCUGACACCAAGAUAUAUCCUAAUAAAAACAUUCAUUCAUGCACUACAUGCCUGAUUCUCUCAGAAAUUAUGCAAAAUAAGGAUGAAGGGUUUUUUUUUAGUGCACAGGACCACAAGUCCACAUCUCUUAUUAUUAUGCACUUCAUAUCUUUUUACGAUCGUCAUAUAUUCUAUACAGGAAAAAGGAGUAGACUGAAGUGGAGUAGUGAAAGAGAGAGAGUUGACAGUGUCAGAGAUGCUUAUUUUCUUUACUUAUUUUCUAGAAUUGUAUCUGCAAUACCUUCUGCAAAUGAAAGCACUUGCUGUGUGUACAAUGUCUCACUGUUCUGUUGUGUUGCAGUGGUUUCCAAACUUACCUGGGGACCCCCAGGAGUCCACAAAAGCAAAAAGAUCUAACAAUUUGAAUUAAUUUGGUUUUCCAUAAUGGGUUUCUAGCCAAAAAUGAAUUUCAUUGAGGACUCCAUUUAAAAUAUUAUUAAGGUACCUGAAAAUUGACUGAUACCAAUGAAGAUAAGCUGUACUUUGACCCCAGUCAUGAACUCAACAUCAUCAACAAAUCCUCUUUUGAGAGCCAAGCCCUGGGCAAUAAAAGGGGUCCUACAGCAUGAAAUGUUUGGAGACCCCUGUCUUUCUGCACUUAUUUUUUUUCUUUAUUUGGUCACUUUUUUCUAUUCUGGUUCUCCUGUAAGAGAACACACUUGGUGACUGUUAUCUUCUCACUCACAGGCUGUGCUCGUUUUUACUCAAAGCCGUGUGUACAUAGAGACUGCCAUUGUAAUUGUGCUAAGGUGACAAUGUCCUGGUGCUUGUCGGUGCCGCUGUUGAUGUUUCCUUUGGUGUAAGUAUGACCUUUCAGAGCUCGAGCUCUGACUUCUUGGUCACAGAAAAAUAAAAGAUUUUUGGCAGCUGUUUACUA